AUGGCCCGCACCAAGCAAACUGCUCGCAAGUCCACCGGUGGCAAGGCGCCCCGCAAGCAGCUUGCCACCAAGGCAGCUCGCAAGACUCCGGCCACAGGUGGCGUGAAGAAGCCGCACCGCUACCGGCCUGGCACUGUGGCUCUCCGCGAGAUUCGUAAGUACCAGAAGAGUACUGAGCUGCUUAUUCGCAAGCUUCCUUUCCAGCGGCUGGUGCGCGAGAUUGCCCAGGACUUCAAGACGGAUCUGCGCUUCCAGAGCCAGGCCGUGCUGGCGCUGCAGGAGGCUGCCGAGGCCUACCUGGUGGGCCUGUUCGAGGAUACCAACCUGUGCGCCAUCCACGCCAAGCGCGUCACCAUCAUGCCCAAGGACAUCCAGCUGGCGCGCCGCAUUCGUGGCGAGCGGGCUUAA